AUGCCUUCUCCCAAACCCGACACCGUCGAAAAGCUCUUAUCACGCAUAAACCACAGCAGCGUGCGAGACCAGGUCAUCAAUGCCCUGCUCGCAUCUGCCUCGGCCAAUCGAGUUACCGCCUCUUCAACGGCCAGAGACUCACCUUCGCAAGCUGAUGAUGUCUCCACCACGUCAAAUGCCCCGUUCGCCUAUACGACCGACAACAACGGGGAUCCUCAUCAAAGCCUUGAACCUGGAGAUGGUCAGACCAAUUCUGCGGCAGACGGGCUCGACAAUCAACAGCCCCUGGAAGCGCCUUUCCGCAACUGGGGAGCCAAGGUCAAUAACCUGGGGAGCACCACCUCCCGACAGAAUUCAGAUCGAUUGCAUUUGCCCGUGGCUUUCCGCCUUCCGUAUGGCAAUGAUGCUAUGGAUUCAGUGGCUAAGCGCCUAACAAAUUAUUUCAGUACGGUGAUCCCGCCUUCUGUGACCUAUACAAACGUUCUGACCCCGAUUUGGGUAGGCCCUCGAAAGACUUUGCAGAAGGACUGGCAUUACUUAGCUGCCCAAUCAGUGAACAGCACAUUCAGACUGGAAAAAGGUGUCUGUGAUCCUAUCACUGCCCGGCUAAUUGAUGAGGAUGAUGUAUCGCUGUAUUUCAAGCUGUUUUUAGAGCUGCGUAACCCUUUCGUCGGGCUACUGGAUCCUCUCCUCCAUACCCCCGACUAUGUCUAUUCCAUGUCUUUUACACUGUUCUCCGUUGUUUGUGCCCUUGGCUGUGCGGUAUCAACACUCCCUCGGGAUCGCGUUGUCUACCCCGCCCUGUUUGCUUUGGCCGAAGGAUGCCUGAAGUGGUCCAUCGCGACGUCUGUGAAGUCGAUUGAAACGAUCCAAGCCAUAAUUAUCAUGCAGUAUUGGGCUCCUGUUCACCAGAAGCAAUCGGAUGAUCCCUACUGGCUUCAAUUGAAUCAUGCCGUACGACUCGCCAGGGAGAUUGGAGUAGAUAAAGCCACGGUCGUCACCGAACAUCUCAGCGCUCUACCGCCUUCUACGAGUACGGACACAAAAGAGCGCAUUCUCCGGAACUUUGAGAGAACGUGGCUAUAUACAUUCAUCGCCGAUAAAAGCUUUGGUAUCAUCAAUGGACGGCGACCCCUAAAUGUUUCGAGGCACGAACUCCCUGUGUCAGCAACAACGUGGUGGCAAAAUCCGAUGGCCACACCCCAUGACCGGAUGAUCAGCGGCAUCAUAGAGGUCAGGGUACUCCUGAUGCAUGCAUUGGAAGAUCGACAACGGUCGAAGAACGACGUGACAUUCAUAUCAAAUUGGCAUUUACGGGCCCUCCGGACAUUGGAACAAGCUCGCGAUUCCCGAUGUUCUCAUGAUGGUGAUCCAUCGUCCAAGUACCUUCCUAUUCUCGCAUUCUACAUGGAUCACAGCAUCCUAAUCCUCAAUGCCCAAGCCGCCGCGGCAUUAAGGGGCCUUGAUCAAGGUACGACUUCGCCCGAGCUUCGAAGCGUCUUGCAAACAAGUGUCAACGUUGCGAGCCACCUGAUGGAUAUUGUGCUUUCUGAACAGAUCAUGUUCGAUCUCAAGUUGGGCUCCCACAAUAAUCUGUUCAUCAUCGUCUGCCACGCAGCCACGGAAAUCAUUUUUGCCAUCAAAUGCGACGGCAUUGCAUCGACCAGCGUUGCCGAACUGGCCGUCAAAAUGAACGCAAUACUGGAACAGCUGGGAAGCGUAGCGGGAGGGCUUCCAGCUUCAUCUGCCGCACACCUUUACCUAGACUUCUUCUGGUUUCUGGUGUCUCGAUUUGACGACGCUGUCAGCAACGAUACCCAUCAAAAUCCACGAAGUGAAGCUGGCGAGGACACCUUGUUCCCCGACUGGUACAGGGUAUUCGACGAAUCCUCGAUGGAUUUGACCGGUUUUCUUGAUAACGACGUUCUUGGCUGGGAUCAACCUCUGUUCAGCCACUGUGACUUUGCCAAUGAAACGUGCUGA